AUGAGCUCUUCUGAAGAUGAGAUCAUUGCCAUAAGUGAUGUUUCUGGCUCUGAAAGCGAAGAUUACGCGCCUGCCGUGCAAAAACGCAAAACCAUCAAAGCCAGCUCGAAGCCUACGAAACCUCCCGCGAAAGCAAAGCCAGCUGCUAAGAAGGUUCUCGCGGAGAAGGACGAGAACGCUGAUGAGAGUAUCAUGGAUGUGGACGAUGUGAUGAUAUCCGAAGAUGAUGAAGCUGGCCCGUCUCAGCCUAAACCCACAGUAGCGAAAAAUGGGAAGAAGAAAACUGCCUCAGAGACAUAUACCAAACUAUCCCAAUUGGAGCACAUCCUCAAGCGUCCGGAUUCAUACAUCGGGAGUGUUGAGACAAUCACUCAAGCGCUCUGGACUUACGAUGCGGACACGAAGCGCAUGGUACACCGAGAGCUUAAGUACGUUCCAGGCUUUUUCAAAAUAGUCGAUGAGAUUCUUGUCAAUGCCGCAGACAACAAGAUCAAUGACAAGACAAUGGAUACCCUCAAGGUCACAAUCGAUGUCGAUAAUUCCACGAUAUCUGUCUUCAAUAAUGGACGUGGUAUCCCGAUUGAGAUGCACUCGACAGAGAAGAUGUACAUUCCAGAACUCAUAUUUGGGCACCUGCUUUCUUCUUCCAACUAUGACGACGACGAAAAGAAGCUAACUGGAGGACGUAACGGUUAUGGUGCGAAACUCGCUAACAUAUACUCUCAUGAGUUCACGAUCGAUACCGCCGACAAGAACUCUAGCCAGAAGUACAAACAAACAUGGACCAAUAAUAUGUCUAACGUUGGAAAGGCGAAAAUCACCAAGAAUUCCAAAAAUGAAGAAUACACUCGAGUAACCUUCAGACCCGAUCUCAAACGCUUUGGGAUGGACAGUAUUGACGAAGAUACUGUCUCCCUGCUCAAGAAACGUGUAUAUGAUAUGGCUGGUACUAUCAGGGAUGUGAAGGUCUUCCUCAAUGACGAACGGCUCAAGAUUAAAAACUUCAAACAAUAUGUCGAACUUUAUCUCAAUUCUGUCGCUGCCGAGGCCGCUGAAGCCUCUGGUGGUGCUGCACAGGCUAAGCCUACGGUCAUCCACGAACAAGUAGGACCGCGGUGGGAGGUGGCAUUUGCCGUAUCCGACGGGUCCUUUCAACAAGUAUCGUUUGCCAACUCUAUAGCCACGACGAAAGGCGGUACACAUGUCACAUUGAUUUCUGAUCAACUUGCGAAGAAUUUGAUUGCGGCUAUAACAAAGAAGAACAAGGCUGCCACAGUCAAACCUGCACAGAUCAAGAACCAUAUGUGGAUUUUUGUCAAUGCCUUGAUAGAAAAUCCGACGUUUGACAGUCAAACGAAAGAGACUCUGACGCUUCCUGCUGGGAAAUUUGGGACAAAGCCUGUACUCUCGGAAGAAUUUAUGAAAAAAGUCCAAAAGUCGACAAUCAUUGAUAAUAUAUUGAAUUGGGCAAAAUUCAAGGCAGACCAACAAAUCAAGAAAACCGACGGAAGCAAACGUAACCGACUGACUGGCCUGCCCAAGCUUGCUGAUGCAAACAAUGCUGGCACAAGAAAUGCUGAAAAAUGCACUCUCAUUCUCACUGAAGACAAUUUCGGAGUAUUCCCUUUGAGGGGAAAGUUGUUAAAUGUACGAGAAGCCAAGCACGAUCAGAUAAUGAAGAAUGAAGAAAUCCAGAACAUUAAGAAAAUCAUGGGGCUUCAGCACAAUAAGGUGUAUAGUGGCAUCGGUAGUUUGAGGUACGGACGGUUGAUGAUCAUGACGGACCAGGAUCACGAUGGCUCUCACAUUAAAGGACUCUUGAUCAAUUUUUUGGACCACUUUUUUCCCUCUCUUCUAAAGAUACCCAACUUUUUGGUGGAGUUUGUCACUCCUAUUGUCAGAGUUAGCAAAGGGAAGCAGCGUAUUGACUUUUUCACCAUUCCUGAGUACGAGCAGUGGGUGGAGGAUACUCCAGAUGCUCAUAAGUGGGACGCCAAGUACUUCAAGGGUCUAGGAACUAGCAGCGACUCCGAUGCUCGACUUUAUUUUAGUAACAUGGCCAAACACAUGAUUCCCUUUGCUGCUACCCAGGAUGGCGACAAGGAGUUAAUUGAAUUAGCUUUCAGCAAGAAAAAAGCAGACGAGCGAAAAGAAUGGUUGCGUCAAUUCAAGGCUGGAACAUAUUUGGACCACAACAUAGAUGAAAUUUCCUACUCGGACUUUAUCAACAGGGAACUUAUACUUUUCUCGAUGGCGGAUAAUAUUCGAUCUAUUCCUGCUCUUGCCGAUGGUCUCAAACCCGGGCAGAGGAAGGUUAUAUGGGGCUGCUUCAAGCGCAAGCUUAAGAAAGAGAUCAAGGUGGCCCAACUCGUCGGUUAUAUAUCUGAAGUAGCCGCUUACCAUCACGGCGAAGCCAGCUUAACCAUGACUAUCGUCAACUUGGCGCAAGACUACGUUGGGAGCAAUAAUGUCAAUCUACUGCUGCCGAAUGGACAGUACGGCACACGAGAUCAAGGGGGCAAAGACCAUGCGUCUGCGAGAUAUAUCUUUACCGAGCUGUCGCCGCUCGCUAGGACUAUAUACAAUCCUGCUGACGAUCCAUUGCUGACUUAUCUGAAAGAAGAUAACGACUGGAUUGAACCAGAAUACUAUUUGCCUGUCAUUCCUCUUGUACUCAUCAAUGGUGCUGAGGGGAUCGGCACUGGCUGGAGUACAUCGAUACCCUGUUACAAUCCCGAAGAUAUUGUCAACAACAUCCGCAGAAUGAUGGCUGGCGAAGAGUUGGUGCCAAUGCUGCCUUGGUGGCGAGGCUUCAAAGGCACCAUCAAGAAAGUAGGAGAUUACAAGUAUGAUGUUAUUGGUGUCGCAAGGAAAAUCAAUGAUACCACGGUAGAGAUCACCGAACUGCCUAUCCACAAAUGGACUCAAAACUACAAAGCCGAGUUGGAGGCCAUGAUUGGCGAGAAAGGAGAAGGGAUUAUCAAGGAUUACAAAGAACAUCAUGAUAACGUUAACAUUCAUUUCGUCAUCACGAUGUCCCCGAAGGAUCUCGAAAAGGCGGAAGAACAAGGCUUAACGGAAUUCUUCAAACUUACCUCGAAAAUCAACACAAGCAACAUGAUAUGCUUCAACCUCGAUGGGAAGAUUCAGAAAUACCAAACGCCUGAAGAAAUCAUUGAAGAGUUUUUCCCCAAGCGGCUUGCUUGUUACCAGAGUCGAAAAGACUACUUGGCAAAUGAGCUCCAGACCCAAUUUGAGAGGUUGUCUAACCAGGCACGAUUCGUGAAAAUGAUUGUCGAUAAAGAGCUUAUAGUUGCAAACCGCAAAAAAGCGGAUAUCAUCUCGGAACUGCGAAAGCUGAAAUUCCGCCCAUUCCCCAAAGUUGUGAAGGCUAAAGCUGCUGGAGAGGCCGAAGACGCUGAAGAAGAGGAAGACGAAACUAGUAACACAUCUACCGAUUACGAUUAUCUUUUGGGGAUGGCGAUAUGGAGCUUGACUUCGGAAAAGAUUGAAAAACUUUUACAACAAGCUCAGGAGAAGGAGGCGGAGUUGCUCAUCCUCCUCGAGCGAACACCUGUGAAGAUGUGGAAUGAAGAUUUAGAUAUGUUUAUGGCCGAAUGGCAGAAAAACUGUGAACAAUGGGAGAAUAAGUCGCUGUUAGAUGCAAAUGGCAAACGAGUGAAGCGAAAACAGGCCACCCUAGAAACCAGGAAGUCUCUUUCUGGUCCUGGCAAGAAGAAAGCGCAUGCUUCUGACGACUCUGAUUACGAUGUCAAACCUAAGAAGGCACCUGCCAAACCGAGGAAACCAGCCGAACCAAAGGCCACAGCGAAGAAUGCGACAGCAGGCUCAUCUAAAGUAAAGAAAGAAGAAGAUAUCGAAGUGGCACCUGUUAUAGCGAAAGUGCAACAAGCAUCAGCGAAACGGAAGACUUCUGACAUCGCUGAAGACGAUAGUGACGACGAUAUGUACAUUAAACCUGCAGCAAAGAAGAAGAAAGAAGCUCAAGCGUCGGUAACGGAUUUCUUUGAUAAGAUGCCCAGUGGACCUUCCGAGACUACUAAGAAGACCACAGUACGAAAGGCAUCAGGUAGCAAGUUAAAUGCUCCUGCUAAAAAAACGGCACCCAAGCGACGAGUUGAUGAUAGUGACGAUGACCUAGAAAUGAGUGCUGCGUCAGGUAGCAAGCCAAAGGCUCCUGUUAAGAAAACGGCACCCAAGCGACGAGUCGAGGAUAGCGAUGAUGACCUAGAAAUCAGUGUUGCAUCCGAAGGAUCGGAACCCGCCGUUGCUCGGGCUGCUCCUCCUAAACGAGCUGCAAGAGUAAAGGCAAAGAAGUACAUCGAGGUAGACUCGGAUUCAGAAGAUGGUGGGGGAGGAGAUGAUUCGAUGUUUGAGGACUAGAACGUCGUGCCCGGUUAGGAUUUCUCCUUUGAGCACUGCUUUUAAAUAUUUUAUUUCCCAAUGUUUCGUUUGCUUCGUCGUUCGUGUAUCAAUGUUGGUCGAU